UAUCUGCUGGCAGCAGAAGGUUAGUUCAGAGCGGAGCUGCUGAAACUGCCGGCAGGAGAGCAAGUGGGAGAAAAAGAGAAGGCGCUGAGAGCUGAGCUCUGGGGCCGGCGCCAGGGAUGGAGAGAAGAAGUAUUAGGGUUUAAAGAGCCAUUCUGGAGCAACCCAGCUGCGGAGAGAAGGAUCGGCAGAGGUCUAUUUUAGGGUCGCAAGUUCCUACUUACCCUAAGAGAGAAAGUGCAAGCUUGGUGGAAGCUAGGAAAAGCUAGGGAAGGGUGCGAGUCCCGGGGCAGUCUGCAGCCAACCCGCCCAGGAGGCGGUGUUGUUCCACAGGGGGUUAAGGAGGUGGCCGAUCUCUGUCGCCCUUGGCCGCCUGGAGCAAGAAAAGGAGGAUCUGAAGGACUGAGCUGGAGGCUGGCCCUCUUUGCAGGCGGCAGCGGCGGCUGCAACGUGGAGCGACCCAGUCGGGUGUAGGCCACAGCGCGGCCGGCAGGAGCGGGAUCCUCGCCGCCUGCUUCGGCCUCGGUGGAUCUCCGGGGCGGACAGUAUCCCACCGAGUCUCCGAGUGAGCCGCUCCGGGGCGCAUCUGCCUCCCCGCGGCUCGCCAAGCUCGCCCUCGGCGCGCGCACACGCACGCGCGCACACGCGCACACAUCCACACGCACACUCAUCCACACACGUGUGGAAGGCAGGGCCGAGCCGCUCGGUCUUUGAACAUCUCAGUUAGAGCCCGGCGCAGCCCCGGCCGCCGCUCAGCGCUCCCCGCGGCCCUGCGUGCCUCCUGCCUGCCCCCGGACCUUCUCGUCUCGUCCCUUUUGGCCGGAGGAUCGGAGUUCAGAUCAGCCACUCCGCACCGAGCCUGACACACUGAACUCCAUUUCUUCCUCUUAAGUUUAUUUCUACUUCAGAGCCACUCACCCUCUCCCUUCCAGGAGAAAAAAAGCAAACCUUUCUUACUCCUUAAAGUGAGAGAUCCCCCCCACUCCGUCCCAGCAUCGCAUAUUAAUAUCUCCACGUUGGGAACGCGAUGCAUUUUCUUUUUUAAAGGAAUCCCAGCCAGGGACGUUUUUCUGUUGGGCAUUAACUUUCGACUGCUUUGCAAAAGUUUCGUAUUAAAAACAACUCUACCUGAACGCUCUGAGUAUUACUAGUUUCUUUUAUAUAUAUUUUUUUCUUACUUUAAAUAACAACAUCAACGUUUCUUCCUUUUAAAAACAUGCACUACUGUGUGCUGAGCACCUUUUUGCUCCUGCAUCUGGUCCCGGUGGCGCUCAGUCUGUCUACCUGCAGCACCCUCGACAUGGAUCAGUUUAUGCGCAAGAGGAUCGAGGCCAUCCGCGGGCAGAUCCUGAGCAAGCUGAAGCUCACCAGCCCCCCGGAAGACUAUCCGGAGCCGGAUGAGGUCCCCCCGGAGGUGAUUUCCAUCUACAACAGUACCAGGGACUUACUGCAGGAGAAGGCAAGCCGGAGGGCAGCCGCCUGCGAGCGCGAGCGGAGCGACGAGGAGUACUACGCCAAGGAGGUUUAUAAAAUCGACAUGCCGUCCCACUCCCCCUCCGAAACUGUCUGCCCAGUUGUUACAACACCCUCUGGCUCAGUGGGCAGCUUUUGCUCCAGACAGUCCCAGGUGCUCUGUGGGUACCUUGAUGCCAUCCCGCCCACUUUCUACAGACCCUACUUCAGAAUCGUCCGCUUUGAUGUCUCAACAAUGGAGAAAAAUGCUUCGAAUCUGGUGAAGGCAGAGUUCAGGGUCUUCCGCUUGCAGAACCCCAAAGCCAGAGUGGCCGAACAGCGGAUUGAACUAUACCAGAUCCUUAAAUCCAAAGACUUAACAUCUCCCACCCAGCGCUACAUUGAUAGCAAGGUUGUGAAAACCAGAGCGGAGGGUGAAUGGCUUUCCUUUGACGUGACGGAUGCCGUGCAGGAGUGGCUUCACCACAAAGACAGGAACCUGGGGUUUAAAAUAAGUUUACACUGCCCCUGCUGUACCUUCGUGCCGUCUAAUAAUUACAUCAUCCCGAAUAAAAGCGAAGAGCUGGAGGCGAGAUUCGCAGGUAUUGAUGGCACCUCUACAUAUGCCAGUGGUGAUCAGAAAACUAUAAAGUCCACUAGGAAAAAAACCAGUGGGAAGACCCCACAUCUCCUGCUAAUGUUGUUGCCCUCCUACAGACUGGAGUCACAACAGUCCAGCCGGCGGAAGAAGCGCGCAUUGGAUGCUGCCUAUUGCUUUAGAAAUGUGCAGGAUAAUUGCUGCCUUCGCCCUCUUUACAUUGACUUUAAGAGGGAUCUUGGAUGGAAAUGGAUCCAUGAACCCAAAGGGUACAAUGCUAACUUCUGUGCUGGGGCAUGCCCCUAUCUAUGGAGUUCAGACACUCAACACACCAAAGUCCUCAGCCUGUACAACACCAUAAACCCCGAAGCGUCCGCUUCCCCUUGCUGUGUGUCCCAGGAUCUGGAGCCACUGACCAUCCUCUACUACAUUGGCAAUACACCCAAAAUUGAACAGCUUUCCAACAUGAUCGUCAAGUCCUGUAAAUGCAGCUAAAGUCCUUGGGAAAGCCAGGACACGAAAAUCACGGUGACAAUAGCAUAUAACGACGACGGCGACGACGACAAUGAUGUUCGUGACAGGAGGGAGGGAAUUUUGAUUCAUCAGUGUUUUAAAAAAAAAAAUUGGAGAAAAAAAAUCGGUACUAGUUCAAACAUUUUGCAAGCUUGUGUUCUGUUUGUUAAAACUGGCAUCUGAGAUUACAGCAACAACAACCACAGAAAUGGAAGGCGUUAGUCUGCAUAUCACCUACUUCCUGAGAGACACAAAAAGAAAACAUCUUUUUUUUUUUUUUAAAAGGAAAAAAAUAAACACUGGAAGAAUUUGUUAGUGUUAAUUAUGUGAAAGAAAAACAAAACAAAACAGGAAAAACAGUGGAGUUGUACGUAUUGUUUCCACCCUGCAUCUCACCCCACGCCUCUCCUGGUUCCUCUGUCUCGCUCUACAGUGGGUGCCCUCCCCGUCUCUUCCUCCAAGCUAACAGUGGGUUAUUUAUUGUGUGUUGCUAUAUAAUGAACCUUUCAUUACCCUUGGAAAACAAAACAGGUGUAUAAAUGGAGACCAAAUACUUUGCCACAAACUCAUGGAUGGCUUAAGGAAUUUGAACUCAAAUAAGCCAGGGGGAAGGAGGUCAUACUGGAUGACCCCCUGUGAGUACUAUAGAACCGAGCAAGUCUGCAGAAAAGUCAAAGCCCAAGCAAACCCGUGCCUGCCGAAGCUUCAUGGACGGCCAUAUGCCCAGAAGGCUUGUUAACAACGAAAACUUGGAAUCAGUGGGAAUCUGGAAGAUUGGGGUUUUUUCCCUCUUAAUUGUAAAUGAUUCUUUGCCAGUUUAAGCAAGCCGGUGAAAUGUUGACCUGUUUUGAUGUGUAUUGUCAGACUUUUGACCGUGAAGUGGCUGUUGAUCUACAAUACAGGUUUUUCCUUUGUCUUGGUUUAUGUAAUUACAUGGAUAUUAUUAAAAUAGACGGAUCUAGAAGCCAGCAUGAUUGAAAACACACUGCAGAUUUGUUUUACAAACUAUUAAAUCGAAAUAGUAACUACUUUACAUGUAAUGUGUAGAUCUUACCACAUUUUUAAUAUUCUGUAAUAAUGAUUAUGAUUUAGAUUGAACUUAAAUUUGGACUCUUUUUUAAAUGAUCAUUCGGAUUGUAUGUUUGUUUCCUCUAGCCGGCCAGUACCUUUGAAUAAAACCCCUAGAUUCUGACUUGCACUACAAAUUCAAUUUUUUUUAUAUAUAUACUAUCUUCUCUGACUGUAUUUUAUGUAUUGUCCAUUUAAUGACAUGAGCUACCUGGGUUCAUUCCUCCCCCAACCCUAGUUCCUUCUAUUUUCCAAAAGACAAAAACCAAACCAAACCAAAGCCCAAAAGGCUAGGCUUGAGUUCCAUAGCGUUUCCACCUUCUCUGUGUCAGUGUGAGUCAGGUGGAGGGUGAGCUGUGGGCUUCUGGGAUGGGUGUUCUGUGGGAGCACAGAAGACUGCGCACAAGUGUAGGCUUAGCUAGGGUUUAAGAAUCUCAACUCAGAGUCUUAGUGACUGGGCUAGGAAGUUUCUUCAACUCAUAUAUUUAUGGACUCUUUGCUGUUCAAAAGCAGACAGUUCAAAGGAAGCAUCUUUUUCUUUAGUUGGGUUUUUGGUGCUCAUGGGGCAUAUUAAAAGAUACACAGUUUGGAUGAUUUUUUUCAAAGGGGGGAAAAGUACAGGCCAGCACUCAUCAUUUUAUUCAUAAUUUCAUCCAUUAUUUCCCUGAUUUCAUUGAAGUUCAGGUUUUGAAAGACAUUCUUUACAGGCUGGGGAAAAAAAAAAGCACAAACCAAAAUUGCCCUUGUCAAAAUUUUUCUUUCAUGCCCCCCUCCCCUGUCUCCCACCCCCAGCCAUCAUGCUCUUCAGCCGAGGUCAGCUUUUGUUUGGUUUGAGGUGGUUGGCUGCCUCAGAGGCAGGACCUGAAGGUGUGCUUUGGGUAUCCUUGUCACAGAGCUUCAAAAUAUAAACCAGUCCACGAAAUGAUGGACUGUUUGUGGUCUCGCCCAAAGGGCAGCACACUGAGGUGUGAAUGCAAAGAGAAUUUCUUUGAUAUUGUACACUUAUCUGAGGAGCUGUCCUUGAAUUCACUAAGAUGAAGAAUGAAAUUUGCAAGCCAGAAGACAGAGCAACUGCUGGUGAAUGGCCCCAUGUAGGGUGCAGCAUAGCCUCAGAUCUGCCCCGUGGGCUCCAGUUCUUUCCCCUUCCUCUUUACUGUUACUUCUGUAUAACUCCCCACCACCCCCCAUUUCUGCAUAUAUUUUCCUCUCAGAUAAAGUGACAUUUUUUUGUUUUGUAUGAUUUGUCUCUCCUUCUGAAUGCACUGACUGCUAUUUUAAGGGUUCUUGAAUCUUUUUGUUUAAGUCUAUGGGUUCUACAGGUCUUUCUUUCCUAUUAGUAAAUAUUACCAUGGGAGCGGUGGUAGUAGGGAGGGGAGGGGGGUGUUAGCAUAUGGGUGGGGCAGCAGGUUGUAUGUGUUAAGCAACAGUACAAUUUUAUGCUUGGCAUGGAUUUUAAAGAAUGGGAUAUAAGAACAGAUGUUACGUGUUUUGAUGACCAACUAUGCUGUAUUUUUUUAACACGAUGCAUGUCCGGUUUUGUGGUGCUUUAGUGGUAAAUAAAUUAUUUCAG